CUUGAACACUUUUAAAUGCAACGGUACUUGGACUUCGACGUAACACCUUUUCUUGAUUCCCUGCAAAAGGCUGUCGAUAUAUGGUUAGCUCUGUAGUUUAUCGAUUAAUUCAAUGACAGUACAGAAUAUGAUGUUAUACCACAUGUAGCUGAUGAACAUCAUCAGUACCUUGUAAUCUGCGACAGUGCCUUUGGUAUAUGCGAUUGUACCAUAAAGUUGGUGUUCUGUAGAUAUACGAGUUUUUCGGAGUUUAUACCCCAUAAUUUAUUGAACUAUCUACUGUUAAUAGCACCUAAUACAACAACAUUUUGGAAUUACAGACGUCAAUCUCUGCUGACGAGCAAUAAUGCUAAAGAGUUAGCCAAUGCAGAAAUCAAAUUUACUCAGCUGAUUCUAAGCAAAUAUCCGCGUUCAAAUGAAACCAUCCUUUAUCGGUAAUUCUGUCUUGGUCACAUAUAUUAUAUGUGUGUACCUUUUGAAUAAUUAAUAUUUACAUUGAAUCAAUAGGCAAUGGAUUGUUGAAAAGUGUAAUUAUCUACAAGAUGACGAAUUUUUAUUAAAUGAAUUCAAGUUAUGCAAUCGAAUUGCUGAUAAAUAUCGGUGUAAUUAUGGUUUAUGGCAGUAUCGUCGGUUUUUAUUGCGGCAUUCAAUGCCAAAGAUAUAUGACAAUGAGUUGAAGCAUAUGAAUGAAUGGUUAGAGAAACAUCCAACAGAUACAAGCGGUUGGAGUUAUUUGUUCACUGUCCUUAACAGUCUACUCAAGCAUUCCGUUCUUACCUCCACCUCCACCUCCCCGUCGUCGUCGUUAAAUAAUCAACUCCAGCUGGAGAGUGUUAAAGACAUCCUGAAAAAGUAUUUUGAAAAAGUUCACAAUAUCUUAAAAUUAUAUCCUGAACGAGAAUCCGUAUGGACAUUUAGGAGACAAUUGAUAACUCUAUGGCUUCAAUUACACCAGAAUCACGUGCAUGACAAUCCUAAUAUCGAGAAUAUUGAUUCUAUACUCAAUGAAGUGGAACCAUUGUUGCCUGAAUCACUCAACAUCAUUAGUGCAUUGAAAUUAUCCCGUGAUAAAUUAUUCCAUGGCUUAUCUUUCAAUGAAUUUUUAACUUGGUCCCAUAAAAAUAAUCUUUGUAAAGAACCUUCAUCACUGAAAUGGGUUGAUCUACUUCUUUUACGAUAUUUAUUUUGGUUAUCUGAACGUAUUACUGAUUCAUGCAUUAUUCAGUAGUAUAAUAUCAAAUAAAAUUGUUUAUGUGUAUAUACAAAAUUCCACUCAAUCGCAUAUGUGAUAUGAUUAUCAUUAUUAUUAAUUUUGUCUUUUCUACUUAUAUGUGAUAAUAAGUAGUAUAAUAUUUUGAGGGAAAUUUUGGUGUCAGUUCAACAUAGAACUUUUCAGAUGGUUUUUUUGUUUUACAACUGACUUUUGUAUAGAGCAACACUAUUUUCUUAUUAUUCUA